AUGAAUACAUUAAAUAUUCCAAAGAAUUAUAUCAAAUGUUCGUAUUCAGGUUGUCAAAACAAAAUGGCUCAAAAUCCUAACGUUCGUUAUUUUUCGCUUCCGAGGGAUCCAACUAACCGUGCCAAGUGGAUUGAAAACUGUGGUAUCAUAAUUCCUGUUGAUUCCAUAAAAAAAUCCUUAAAAGUGUGUGGCGAACAUUUUGAACAAAAAAUGUUUUUAAAUGAUCUUCAAAAUAGACUUCAUAGUCAUUCUAUACCAAGACAUUUUAUAAAUGAUACACCAUCAUCUUCCAGAAGCAUUUCACGUAAACUUGAUUUUUGUUCUACUGUUGACAAUAAUAUAUCAAAUGCUCCAGCAGAAUGUGAAACAACAAUUCUCUCUUCUCCAAAUGUGUUAGCUCUACCAUUAGAUUCUGGAACACCAAGUAACUUGCUUCUAACUAAGAAUAUGAUUUCACACAACACCAUGAACAGUCCAUAUACUGAUCACUCCUAUGUUUCACUUGACUCGGAGUCAAAUUAUUCAUUUGAAACAAAUGAGUCAGGGAAAAAUUGUGUAUUGAUAAUGUAUCGUUGCUUGUUUCAUUCUUCAUUUCAUCUAUUCUGUGCUUGA